AUGUCACCUUCUUCCGAUCUCCUUCGCCGUCCGUUCAAGAGGCCACUGCUCUCAGACCAGCAAAGGCGCAGAGAUCUUUCUCUGAAGCGUCAAGAGCAAAGCCGUGAUUCUCAGCUCCACGCCCGCCGUGUAUCCUCCGCACUCCUCUCCCUCCCUCUAGAACCCGGAGCCUCCUCGACGGAGUACUACUCCGACUUGCACCUUGCCUCCGAGGUCGCUUCUAAGAUUCUCAAAGGAGGCCUAGAGGGUCGAAAGUGGUUUCAAAAGCAGCUCAUGCUUCCCGAGUGGAUGAUCGACGUCCCUCGUCGCUUGCCCCAAGACUGGUUUGUAUUAGCCAGGCCAGCCGGGGAACGCUGCCUGGUUGUUUCAUACGGCGGAACCACCGUCAGUAGGAGACGAAACGGCACCGUUCUUCAUCGUUUCCCGUCUGCUUUAUCCGAUGGUUGCUGCAGGACCAAAGCACAACCUUCCUGUUCUAUACUAGACUGUAUAUUUCACGAGAUGGACCAGACUUAUUAUGUCAUUGACAUGUUGUGCUGGAGAGAUUACUCUUUGUAUGAUUGCACGGCUGAGUUUAGGUUUUUUUGGUUAAAGUCUAAGCUAGCCGAGACCCGGGUUUGCGACCCUCCAUCAUAUUAUCAUAGGUAUAGAUUCAGCUUGGUUCCUCGGUAUACCUGUGAUCUCACUGCCCUACACACAGCAUAUACCGGAGCGGUACCUUACGUAAAGGAUGGUCUAAUGUUUUAUAAUAAACAUGCACAUUAUCAACCCGGUAUAACACCCUUGGCCUUGGUUUGGAAGGAUCAGAACUGUAGUAAAUAUGUUGUUGACACAAACAAUGAAGGAAAGGUCCCAAGCCAUCAGCAGAUAGUUUUGGAGCUGCAACGUGAUGGAAAAGUGACUACAUCUGAUAAUCCUCCCGUUGUAUUUGGUUGCUUAGGUUUGGACUUGAUACAGAAGUUGGGAACAUUGCAGUCACCAUAUCUUCUUCGUUUUGCUAUUGGUGACGGAGGAUUGACCAUUGUGGAUGGGAAGCUUGAGAGGGCAGAUUUACAUUACCUUGGCAAGUCCAACCGGGCACGUGCAUUUGCAGAUAGUUACUCCAAAAUCAUGUUUCAAAGUAUGGUUCGAGGAUCUUCUCUUAAAAUUGAUGAUCUGAUAGCAGCAAUUAGUUCAUCCGACGAUGGAGCAAACGGACCUGAUGUUGAGAUGAUGGAUGGUUAA